AUGUAUGUUAUAGAUGUGAAGGAAAAAGGCACUGGUGACAUAUCUGUCGUACGCCAAAUGUACUACUUAAGGAAACAGCUUGCAAAUCUACUUAAAACUUUUUCAGGAAGCUGCUUGCAAAGUACUCUCCACAAGUACUAUGGUUUGAAUCAUCAUGAGGAAGAAGAAGUGAUGGCUUAUGUGGAUACGUUGCUGAAUUUGGAAUUGCCAGAGAAAAAGAGGAAGGUUAAUCAUGGAGAGAUUGUUAGCCUCUGCAGUGAGUUCCUCACCGCUGGCACAGAUACUACGUCCACCUCAUUACAAUGGAUUAUGGCCAACUUGGUCAAAUACCCUUCUAUUCAGGAAAAACUAUACCAAGAAAUAUCUGAGGUAGUAGGAUCAGUCGUAGAUCAGGGGGUAGUAAAAGAGGAAGAUUUAGAGAAAAUGCCUUACAUAAAAGCAGUGAUCUUGGAAGGUCUAAGGCGGCACCCGCCCGGUCACUUCCUGCAGCCGCACAUGGUGACACAGGAAGUGGAACUAAACGGUUAUGUCAUCCCUAAGGAUGCAACAAUCAAUUUCAUGAUUGCAGAAAUGGGUUGGGACCCACAUGUUUGGGAGGAUCCCUUGGAUUUUAAACCAGAUAGGUUUUUAUUCGGGGAUGGUGGUGAUACAGAAGAAUUCGAUAUAACAGGGAGUAGAGAGAUCAAGAUGAUACCCUUUAGUGCUGGGAGAAGAAUAUGUCCAGCCUAUGGUUUGGCUAUGCUCCAUUUAGAGUACUUUGUGGCUAACUUGAUCUGGCAUUUUGAAUGGACAACUGCGGAUGGAGACAAUGUGGAUCUAUCUGAGAAGCUGGAAUUCACUGUUACAAUGAAGAAUCCAUUGCGUGCUCGCAUCCGUCCAAGAAUAAAUCAACUUGAAUGA